AUGUUUGCCCCUGGCGCCGCGAAACUGGCACAGGAGUUUGGCAUUACCAGCAACAUUGUCGCAUCCUUCACUGUAUCCAUCUACCUUCUAGGCUACGUUUUUGGGCCUCUGCUCUUGUCGUCCAUGUCCGAGUUGUACGGCCGGCUCGUCAUCUACCACGUUUGUAAUGCUUUUUAUGUGGCCUUCACGAUUGGUUGUGCCCUCAGCAAAAACACCGCCAUGUUUCUCGUGUUUCGAUUUGUUUGUGGCUGCGCUGCAUCUGCUCCGAUGGUCAUCGGUGGGGGAACGAUUGCGGAUCUCUACAUCGCGAGCGAACGGGGAAAGGCCAUGGCUGUAUUCGCCCUCGGACCACUUCUCGGGCCGGUAAUUGGCCCUGUCAUUGGUGGCUUCGUGACUGAACGUCUGGGGUGGCGCUGGACUUUUUGGAUAAUUUUGGCCCUGGCUGGCAUCGUCUCCGUGACGGCGCUGGUCCUGAUGCGGGAGACAUUCGAACCUGUUCUUCUGGAACGCAAAGCCGCAUCACUGCGCAAAUCCACUGGCAAUAUGGAACUCCAGGCCAGAAGCUUCGAUAAGAACCGCACACCUACUCAACUUCUCGUGCGGGCUUCUAUGCGUCCUCUCCGGCUGCUGUUCCUUUCUCCUAUGGUUCUGCUUUUGUCCCUCUACACAGCCUUCAUGUUUGGCCUCAUCUAUCUUCUUUUUACUACAUUUCCCGGAGUUUUUGAACAAACUUACCAUUUAGCGACCGAGAUUUCCGGCCUCGCAUACCUGGGCCUUGGCAUUGGCAUGAUCAUCAGCAUUGUUCUGUUUGCUGUUUUUAGCGACAAACUUUUACAUCAGCCACGUGAGGGAACUCUAGAGCGGCCGGAGCUUCGACUGAUUCUCAUGAUGUGGUCUACACCGGUCAUCCCAUUGGCUUCUUCUGGUACGGAUGGAGCGCAGACAAGGUCACGCACUGGAUCCUUCCGAUCCUAG